AUGGCAGGAAAGGAUUACAACCCGGAACUGGAGUUUAACUGCGUUGACUGUAUACAAUCCGAUGCGUACCAGAAUAUGGUACAAUGUGACCAAUGUGCGUCCUGGAGGCACUACGCGUGUGCUGGUGUGGACGACUCUGUCGAGGAUCACGAUUUUAUUUGUCGAACGUGCUCUGCUGGUAAGGAUGACCGCACACGAAGUUUGGAUCCUGGAAGUGAUACCAUGACAAUGGCAGAUUCUAUGACUCGCUUGAUAAAGGAGCAGGAGUUAGAAAUCAAAAAGCUGGAAUUGGAAGUGAAAGAACGAUUUCUCAAGCAAAGAGAGGAAUUGUUGGAAGUCGCUGUUGCGCGGAACUCAAGAAACCGGAAAAGUUCGGUGAGUAUCCAAGGAAACCAGCAACGGAUUAGUAAUUGGAUUAGCAGCACAGAGAAUCCAAAUGAAGAUGGUGAGGAUGAGGAUGUUCAACCUUACCCUAGACCAGUGUCUCAAGAUGCCUAUCUGUAUGAUGUCGGAAGCAAGCAACGAUUGGUUGAUCGUUUGAAUCAGUUUGAACUGAACGGAAGUCCCACUGCAGAUGACGUGCAGGAUCUUUUGAAUCUCUGUAAGGAAACUUUAGUCUUGACAGAUAAAGCAAAUCGUAUUGGAACCAUUCCCAAGUGUAGAACGACAUGGAAGUCAGUUGACGAAGCGACUGAUCCCACUCUGCGAUUGCCGAGUGUGCAAAAGGAUAGGUUCCUACAUUCUAAUAAUUUGGAAGCAGUUCCGAGACCUAGCCAGUGGAACACGGAAAGUAGACGAUGGCUGAUUGAUCAGCCAAUUCAACCCACAUCGAGGGUAGAGUUUGUAGGCCCUGGCCCUGUUUACCCUUCUGCCCUUCCAAACCACCCCAAAGAGUCAGGAAGCUCCAAUGGGGUAAAACAGCCAAGUGUACCUGUAGAAGAAUGUCGUAAACUGAAGACUACCUGGGAUCUCAUACAACAUGAGUUGGAUGUAUUCUGGAAACGCUGGCUCAAGGAAUACAUGCCAAUCAUUCGUCGCCGAUCUAAAUGGUUCAAGCAGGUUCGGCCAAUUGAAGUGGGUGAUUUAGUUUUGAUGGUCGACUCCAAAGUGAGGAACGGAUGGAUUCGAGGACGUAUCGAGGAUGUGAUUGCUGGGUCAGACGAUCAAGUUCGACAAGUUUCUGUGCGGACAGCUAAUGGAGUUCUACGCCGAGCGGUUCAUCAACUGGCCCUGUUGGAUGUGGGACGAGUAAGUGCAGUCUCGGUGGAUACCCAGAUGCACCCGGGGGAGGAUGUCGGCAAACAGGCAACCCUGCCGUAACCAUCACAGUUCUGUCAACCGACUGAUUGUUUUUAAUGAUUUUCAAUGACGACGGUAGAAACGGUGACAAAAAACCGGAUAUUUAGGACUGUCAAAUCGAGGCAUUUUAAGACAUCGUGUAGUAGCUUGAUUUUAAAGUUUAUGUGAUUUAAAUAGUUUAGCCCAAAUCAAAGACUUCGUUCCAUUUCGUGAUUGUUUAUUUGCAUCAGCAAAGGUCGAUUAGCUUCACGUAGGU